UUAUUUAUUUUUUUCUAAAACCAAUUCUCUUUGUGUUUUCUGCCUCUACAGCGAAGAAGAAGAAGAAGGGAGAUAGAACUAUGGAAGAGGACAACAGCGGUGUUUUGCAAGGAACGAUAAUAUCUUAAGAACAACCACCUUUUCGGGAUGGGUAUGUGUAGUUAGUGAGACAUUCAACACUUUUUUUCCACACCUAUUGACUAAGACAACAUUCUCUUUCAUCCAUCUUGAGGCAUAAUUCAUAGCCCAAGCAAGUUGCAUCUGUUGUCAUGUUCGAUUUGAUUCUUCCUCUGUUUUUAUUUAUUAUUCAACCACAAGAACCCCACCAAGAAGACAUAAAACAGCAAAGCAUACCAUAACAUGAGAAAAUUCAUCAAUGGCAGCUUCAACACUGUGUAUCGCUCUUCUCAUUCCUCUCAUCUUCUUCCAUACUUUCCAUGCUUCAUCUUCCUUCUCCCUCUCCGUAGAGAACUUCAAAGAAGAACUCAUACUGUCAUCACCCAAACCAACAUUCACAGCAGGCUUUUAUGCCGUCGGACAAAACGCUUUCUGCUUCGCAGUAUGGUACACCCACUCACCCGACACCCUUGUUUGGAUCGCCAACCGGGACCAACCCGUUAACGGGAAACGCUCCACGCUCUCCCUUCUCAAAACCGGUAACCUCGUACUCACCGACGCCGGUCAGUUGCAAGUGUGGUCCACUGCCACCUCAACCUCAUCCAGACAAGUCCGCUUACAUUUGUACGACACCGGCAACCUCGUACUCCUCGAAGAUUCCUCCGACAGCGCUGUUUUGUGGCAGAGCUUUGAUUUCCCGACCGACACACUUCUUCCAAACCAGCCUCUGAGAGGGAGCACCAACCUCGUUUCCUCGAGAAGCGGGAGCAACCACUCCUCCGGUUUCUACAGGCUCUUCUUCGACUUCGAGAAUGUUCUGCGGCUCAUGUACCAGGGCCCUCGAGUUUCCAGCGUUUUCUGGCCCUACGCUUGGCUUCAGAGCAACAACUUCGGUAAUGGCAACGGCAGAUCCACUUUCAACGAUAGCAGGGUUGCUGUGCUUGAUGAAUUGGGUGGCGUGCUUUCUUCCGACAACUACACUUUCAGAACGAUCGAUUACGGGACGGUGCUUCAACGGAGAUUGACCCUCGAUCAUGACGGUAAUGUGAGGGUCUACAGCAUGGUAGAUGGAGAAGAGAAGUGGAUGGUGUCAGGGCUGUUUCGCCCACAACCUUGUUUUAUUCAUGGCAUUUGUGGACCCAAUAGUUAUUGCACAAAUGACCCAACAAUUGGCAGAAAGUGUUCCUGCCUUCCAGGUCACAGAUGGAUUGAUAGUCAAGACUGGACUCUAGGUUGCAGACUGAAUUUUGAUCCUUGGUGCAACACCACUAAGCAAGAGUCUCGUUUCGUGGGCUUAGCUCAGUUUGAUUUUUAUGGAUAUGAUUAUGGCUUCUAUCAAAAUCACACUUACGAACAAUGUGUGAAUCAGUGCUUGCAGUUGUGCGAAUGCAAAGGGUUUCAGUUCAGUUUUUCGGACCAAGGUGGUUUCGGUAGUCAAUGCUACCUGAAGACACAGUUGCUGAAUGGGCAUUAUUCAGUAAGUUUCUCAGGAUCAUUCUUCCUGAGGCUGCCUUUGUCUCACGACUAUGAGAAGCCCAUCAGUAAUGUUUUGGUUUGCGGGGGAAAUAACGGAGGAGUGAAAGAACUAGAAAGACCGUAUGUGGAAGAAAAAGAAAAUGGAUCGGUGAGGUUCAUGCUGUGGUUUGCUUGUGCCUUGGGAGGACUUGAGGUUCUGUGCUUCUUUAUGGUGUGGUGUUUUCUGUUUAGGAAUAAUGCUGACAAACAAGCCUAUGUUCUUGCUGCGGAAACAGGGUUUAGGAAAUUCAGUUAUUCUGAAUUGAAACAAGCCUCCAAAGGUUUCGGUGAAGAGAUUGGAAGGGGUGGUGGAGGUACAGUGUAUAAAGGUGUCUUGUCUGAUGAUCGGGUUGUGGCGAUAAAAAGACUACAUGAAAUAGCAAACCAAGGAGAAAGUGAGUUCCUGGCUGAAGUAAGUAUCAUUGGAAGACUUAACCACAUGAACUUAAUUGGCAUGUUAGGGUUUUGUGCCGAGGGAAAGUAUAGGUUGUUGGUUUAUGAGUACAUGGAGAAUGGUUCUUUAGCUCAUAACCUUUCAUCGAGUUCAAAUGUUCUUGAUUGGACCAAGAGGUAUAACAUUGCUCUGGGAACUGCAAGGGGUCUUGCUUACUUGCAUGAAGAAUGCUUGGAGUGGAUUUUGCAUUGUGAUAUCAAGCCCGAAAAUAUACUUCUCGACUCUGAUUACCAACCUAAGGUAGCAGAUUUUGGCUUGUCUAAGCUACUUAACCGGAACAACCUCGACAAUUCAACCUUCUCGAGGAUAAGAGGAACAAGAGGCUACAUGGCACCGGAGUGGCUUUUCAACUUACCAAUCACUUCCAAGGUGGAUGUCUACAGCUAUGGCGUUGUUGUCUUGGAGAUGAUAACUGGAAGGAGCCCAACAGCAGGUAUCCAACUCUCGGAAUUAGACGCAGAAUCACAUAAUCAUGGGAGGUUAGUGACAUGGGUGAGGGAGAAAAGGAAGAAAGGGUCGGAAGUGGGAUCAUCUUGGGUGGAUCAAAUAGUUGACCCUGCUUUGGGAUCAAAGUAUGAUAGGAAUGAAAUGGAGAUAUUAGCUACGGUGGCUUUGGAAUGUGUAGAGGAAGAGAAAGAUGUGAGACCCAGCAUGAGUCAUGUUGUUGAGAGGCUCCAAAGUUACGAGCACAAUUCUUGAUGGUUUUGAACAAAGAAUAGCCAGACAUUGCAUGGUUUUCACCUACCUUGUUUGUUUAUCAUCCACGGUUUCAGUUCCUCUUGUUUUUUGGUAGAUUCAGCCUAUCAUAAAUUGUCAGUUUGUGCCUCGUGGUAAAUCUUCUAUUCUUGUGCAGUUUAGUCUUGCUGUUGUAUAUCAUAUUCUGGUCCUUUGAAAUCGUAAGUUGCAGAAUAUUUCCAUUAAUUUCAGCAUACUCUUUUGUUCCUUUAACAUUAUCUCUGUUGUAUGAUUCCAACUUUAUUAUAAAAU